AUGUGCUUCGUAUUAAACCGCGAUGUUCCGUGUAUUGACUUUGGCAGUUCUUUCUACACCACAGAAGAACAAAUCCACGAAUUGUUUUCCAAGUGCGGUGAAGUCAAGCGCCUUGUGAUGGGGCUUGACCGGUUCAACAAAACACCUUGUGGCUUCUGCUUCGUUGAAUACUAUACCCAUCAGGACGCCUUGGAUUGCUUGAAGUACAUUGGAGGUACCAAGCUGGAUGAGAGAAUCAUCCGUACAGAUCUUGACCCUGGCUUCGAGGAGGGACGGCAAUAUGGACGCGGCAAAUCCGGUGGCCAAGUGCGUGACGAAUACCGUGAAGAAUACGAUCCUGGCCGUGGUGGUUAUGGUCGCGCAUAUGCAGAUGAUCAGCGCAGGCGGGAAGAGGAGGAAUACGGAAAAGGUAAAUAA